AUGUCUACUACUACCCAAGAAGAAACCAGUAAUGUAUUAGAACAAACUAAGGAAGAAUGUAAACCACGCAUAGUUAUCGAGAAAAUGGUUCUCAUAAAUUUUAAAUCUUAUUUUGGUCGCCAAGAACUUGGUCCUUUUCAUAAGUCAUUUUCUGCUAUUGUAGGACCUAAUGGUUCUGGAAAAUCUAAUGUCAUUGAUGCACUUUUAUUUGUAUUUGGUUAUCGUGCAAGUAAAAUGCGUCAAGGCAAAAUUUCUCAACUUAUUCAUUCAUCUGAAGAAUCUAAUGAUUUUGAAGUUGUCCCUCAAUCACAAUUAAUUGUUUCACGUCAAGUUCUUCGUAACGAUACCAGUAAAUAUUUUAUAAAUGGUCGCCAGAGUAAUUAUACUGAAGUCACAACACUUUUAAAAGAUCGUGCAAUCGAUUUGACUCAUGAAAGAUUUCUUAUUCUUCAGGGCGAGGUUGAAUCUAUAGCUCAGAUGAAACCAAAAGCCCCAAACGAACAUGAAGAUGGGUUAUUGGAAUAUCUUGAAGAUAUUAUAGGAACUUCCAAAUACAAAAUUUCCAUUGAAAGAGCUAAUCAAAAAGUUGAACAACUUAAUGAACAACAAUCUGAAAAAUUACAUCGUGUUCAAAUAGUUGAAAAACAAAAACAAAACUUAGAAAGUAAGAAAAAAGAAGCAGAAGAUUUUCUUCGUGAUGAAAACAGACUUACAAUGAAACAAUCAAUUCAUUAUCAACGUCAACUAUUAGAAUGUAACAAUGCUAUAGAUAUUUAUACUAAAUCUAUGUCACUUGAAAUAAAUACUGAUUUGAUAUUAAAAGAAUUAUCUAAAUAUGAAAAACAAGAUAUUCAUCUUCAAGAAAAAAAGAAACAUAUUAUUGGAAAACAAAAUAAAUUAAUAAAAACUUUACAAACUAAUCGUAAAACUAUAUCAGAAACUAAAGCUUCUAUAAAUAACGUUGAGACUAGUUUAGUUUCUCAAAAAAAUGAAAUUGCAAAAAUGGAAAGGGAUCUUGUGGAUGAGGAGUCCAACUUUGAAAUAAUCGGAGAAAGUCUUAAAGAAUUCACAAUGCAGAUGGAACAAAAGAAAAGAGAACUUGCUCCCUGGACAGAGAGUAUUAAUGAGAAACAAUCUGCUAUUGAUGUGGCACAAUCUGAAUAUAAUCUUCUCAAAGAAAAAAACGAUUCGAUUGAAGAAGCUCUUAAACAAUCAGAAAAUGAUUUGAGUUCAUUAAGUCAAACUAAAAUUUCAAAAAAUAGUGCCAGUUAUAAAGAGAAACUAAAAUCUGAUCUUGCUGAUGCUCGUCAAAAAGAAGAUGAAGCAAGGACUUCUUUACAAUCAUCCCAAUCAAGAGGCGUUGUUCUCUCAAGUUUAAUUAAACUUAAAGAUAGUGGGAGAAUAAGAGGAUUUCAUGAUCGAUUAGGAAAUCUUGGUGUUAUAGAUGAUAAAUAUGAUGUAGCUAUUUCGACUGCUUGCCCUGGACUGAAUAAUAUUGUUGUCGAUAAUGUAGAAGUUGGUCAAAAUUGUAUAGAAUACCUUAAAAAAAAUAAUCUUGGUCGUGGCCACUUCAUUUGUCUUAAUCAACUUCCCGAACUCAGCAUGAAUCCAAUCCAAACACCUGAAAAUGUUCCACGCCUAUUUGACCUGAUAAGACCAAAAGAUCAAAAGUUUGCUCCAGCUUUUUACAGUGUUUUACGCGACACCUUAGUAGCAGAAAAUUUACAACAAGCAAAUAGGAUAGCAUAUGGGAAAUAUAGAUGGCGUGUCGUCACUUUGGAUGGUAAACUUAUUGAUAAAUCGGGUACUAUGAGCGGUGGUGGUAAUAAAGUAUCAAGAGGUUCUAUGAGUUCAAGAUUUGUUGCAGACAUUACUCAGGAAACAUUGACAGAGUUGGAACAAAACCGUGCCCAUAUUGAAAAUGAAUGGAAGGAUUUCAAUGAAAAACGUAAAGAUUGGGAAUUCCAACUUGAAAAAAGACAAGAUGAAAUCCCAAGAUUGGAAUUGGCCUUAACAAAAUCUGAAAUGGAUUUACAAUCUUGUAUAAAACGUUUUGCUGAUGUUGAGAAACGUGUAAAUCAAUUAUGCCAACAAAAUAGACCAAAUCUAGAAGAUCAUCAACAAAUGCAAGAACUUCAAAUAACAAUAGAUAAUUUUAAUAGAGACAUAGAACAAUUAAAGGAAAAUUAUUCAACGCCAAUAGAAAAUGAUAUAAAAUAUUUACAAGAUCAAAUUAUGGAAGUUGGUGGUGGUAGACUUCGUGCACAGAAAGCUAUAGUCGAUGGAAUUAGAUCAGAAAUAGAUCGACUUACUGAGCAUGUUACAACCUUGAUGGUGACCAAAUCAAAAUCUGAGAAAGAUUUAACUAAAUUGGAAAAUUCUUUGACAAAUUGUGAGAAUGAAAUCGAAGAAAUUAACAAUCAGAUAAAUCAACUUGGAGAAGAAAUUGAACAAAAUAAUGAAAGUGCUAGUUCUAUUAACUCAAAAGCUGAAAAGUCAAAAAAUGAUUUAGAAAAUAAAAAAGAUGAAUUAGACGAAAUCAAAGCUCAACUUGAUGACAAAAAUGAAAUAUUUAAUCAGAUGAGAUCUGUUGAAAUGGAAAUAAAAAAUAAAUUGGAAGAUAUUGAACAUAAUUUAGCAGGAAAUCAACAAAAACAAAGACAUUGGAAUGAACUGCUUGAAAAAUUGUCGCUUCAUAAAAUUGGAAGCGAUGAUGACAUGCAAGAAGAUGAACUGCAAUUCUAUUCUGAUGAUGAAUUAAUGGCAAUUAACAAAAAAGAUUUGAUUAAUGAAAUCAAUAAAUUACAAGAAAAAGUACAAAACGCGAACCCAAAUCUUGAUGUGUUAAUUGAAUAUCAUCGUUAUGAAGAGGAAUAUAAAGCGCGGACAAAAGAACUUGAAGAGAUAACAGAAAUACGUGAUGGUUGUAAAAGAGAAUAUGACGAGUUACGCAAAAGAAGAUUAGACGAAUUCAUGUGUGGAUUCACAUUUAUAUCAAAAAAAUUAAAAGAAAUGUAUCAGUUGAUGACACUUGGUGGAAAUGCAGAACUCGAAUGUUGUGAUAGCUUGGAUCCUUUUUCUGAAGGUAUUAUAUUUAGUGUUAUGCCACCAAGAAAAAGUUGGAAAAACAUAUCAAAUUUAUCUGGUGGUGAAAAGACAUUAAGUUCUUUAGCAUUGAUAUUUGCACUUCAUCAUUAUAAACCAACACCAAUAUAUGUUAUGGAUGAAAUUGAUGCAGCUUUGGACUUUCGAAAUGUCUCAAUUGUAGCAAAUUAUAUCAAGGAGCGUACCAAAGAUGCACAAUUUAUUGUUGUUAGUUUACGUAACAAUAUGUUUGAAUUGGCUGAUCGUUUGGUUGGAAUAUAUAAAACCAAAAAUAUGGUAAAAUUCAGUUUAUUGUUGGACUUUUCUUAUUUCUAUACAUCUACACAACAUAUUAAUAUAAAGAAAUUUCUAUUUUAA